UUUGUGGUAAUGUUUUUUUGAUUUUUUAACCGGGACGAUGGAAGUAAGUGCAAUGCCGCCGAUGCCGUUGGACUUUUCUAUGGUGAGGAGUGGCUCGCCUGGCGGGCUCAGAGAGUCGCCGCGAAGUGGCUCCAAUAGCGCCUUUAGAGUUGUCACCCCGAAGGGAAUUCUAGCGAGUGAAGCUCUUCGGAACAGCCUAGGCCAAAACACUUGGUCACCGGUUCCUCGACCGGAACCGAGGGUAUCUCCUCCUUCACACCUUGACGUUUAUCCUGUCAGAGAGGAAAUCAAAUUCGGCGUCAACCGUUUGGUCAGCGAGAAAACCGAUGAGGAAGAAGAUGAGCAACACAAUGAAAUCCCACGACCCGAGGGCAUUUCCCCCAAUUCACGCUGCGGCAGCUCAUGCUGGCCUCCAUCUCCCCAAUCCCCCAGAUCAGUCCGGUCAAGUUCUCCUGAACUCGAAGUGGAUUCCCCUCCUUCUUCGCCAAGAAGACCUCCAGAUUCCUCGCCGCCCCCGAGAAGAUCCGAGUCGUUUUCUGUCAGUGCUCUCUUAAGACCAGAUGCACCUCGAGUCCAGCCGCAGCGGCCUUUCUUAUACCCUCAUCUGCCUUUCGCGGAAUUCCUUCGAGACGCUGGGAGUCUCGGUAUCCCUUGGGGAGGUUACAGUAACCUGUACCUCCACGCAGUACAGGCCGCUGGUCCGGAGUUCCUUCGGCUUCGAGCAGCUGUGCUGGGGGCUCCCGGGCCUCUAUCGAGACCUCUGCCCAUCGGUGACGUGUACUCGUGUGUGAAGUGUGAGAAGAUGUUCAGCACCCCGCAUGGGCUGGAAGUGCAUGCAAGACGGUCACAUAAUGGCAAGAGGCCGUUUGCUUGCGAAAUGUGCAGUAAAACGUUCGGGCACGAGAUCAGUCUUAGUCAACACAGGGCUGUCCACAGUGUGGAGAAGGUGUUUGAGUGCAAGCAAUGCGGCAAGACCUUCAAGCGGUCCAGCACGCUGUCCACCCACCUGCUCAUCCACUCCGACACCAGGCCCUAUCCCUGCCAGUACUGCGGGAAGCGGUUCCACCAGAAGUCAGACAUGAAGAAACACACUUACAUACAUACUGGCGAGAAACCCCACAAAUGCCAAGUUUGCGGCAAAGCGUUCAGCCAGAGCUCCAACCUCAUCACGCACUCCCGCAAGCACACCGGCUUCAAGCCGUUCGCGUGCGAACUUUGCGGACGGGCGUUCCAACGCAAGGUGGACUUGCGUAGACACAGGGAGACGCAACACGCGGAUCUUAGACACGUGCCACAUACUGAUGUGCAUGGUAUGCACGCGGAGUUGAUGCCGGAACAUAGAAUAGACCUCCACCCCCCGCACCCCGAGAUGCGGCAGCACCCCGACUUCAGACCGCCGCACGCGCCCGCGCCGCUCCAGCCGCUCGCCUCCUGAACGGCGACCGCCUUCGCGCCGCCCAGCUGGCGCUGAGGCAAUCGCGGCCCUGUAGCCAUCC